UCAAACCCCCGUCCCUCUCUUUCCUCUCUGUCUCUUUCGAAUUUUCUCAAAAGCCCUAACUCCUGCGCAACACCGAUUUUAUUUUAUUUGGGUAGCAUGGAUCCACAGCCCGAACCCGUUACGUACAUCUGCGGAGACUGUGGUCAGGAAAACACCUUGAAGACGGGGGAUGUGAUCCAAUGCCGGGAGUGUGGGUAUCGCAUCCUGUACAAGAAGCGUACUCGUAGAAUUGUCCAAUACGAAGCUCGCUGAGAACAACCACUCCAAAAGGUUACUCAAAAGAUGGGUGAAGACUUUUUUUUGUUCUUUUGUCGUCUUUGACCUAUCUUUAAGACCGUCAUCUGUUUCAGAAAUCCUGUCUUGUCUUGGCAUGAAUUAUAGCACAGAGAAUUUCCAACUGCCUUCACAUUGCUGCCACCAGUAGGCUGGUAGUUUUCCACACCAUC